CGGCGCUCGCGCUCCCUCUCGCCGCCCGACCGCCCGCUCGCCCGUCCUUCCUCCCCUUCGUCCGCCGGGGCCGCCUGCCGCUGGGAGCCGAGCCGAGUCCCGCUCCUCUUCCUCCGCCGCCGCCAUGAGCUUCUUGUUUGGUAGCCGCUCUUCUAAAACUUUUAAACCAAAGAAGAAUAUUCCAGAAGGCUCUCACCAAUAUGAGCUGCUGAAACAUGCAGAGGCCACUCUGGGAAGUGGCAACCUACGGAUGGCUGUUAUGCUGCCUGAGGGUGAAGAUCUAAAUGAAUGGGUUGCAGUGAACACUGUGGACUUCUUCAACCAGAUCAACAUGCUUUACGGGACAAUUACAGACUUCUGCACAGAAGAGAGCUGCCCAGUGAUGUCUGCAGGUCCAAAAUACGAGUACCACUGGGCAGAUGGGACAAACAUAAAGAAGCCAAUCAAGUGCUCAGCACCAAAGUACAUCGAUUACCUUAUGACAUGGGUUCAGGACCAGCUGGAUGAUGAGACACUCUUCCCAUCCAAAAUAGGUGUUCCUUUCCCAAAGAACUUCAUGUCGGUAGCUAAAACGAUCCUAAAGCGUCUCUUCAGAGUUUAUGCUCACAUCUACCACCAGCACUUUGAUCCAGUCAUUCAGCUGCAGGAAGAGGCACAUCUCAACACAUCCUUCAAGCACUUUAUCUUUUUUGUUCAGGAAUUUAACCUUAUAGACAGAAGAGAACUUGCUCCACUUCAAGAAUUGAUUGAAAAACUCACUUCAAAGGACAGAUAAGCAGAAAAACCCACCCAACGUCUUGCAUCUGUGGAGGACUAAGGACAGCAUGGGGGUUGACCACUUUCUUCUUUGUUGCUUACAUUUGUUCUUCAAACAUUCAACUUUCCUUUAGAUUAGCCAGCCUGAUUUUGAUGAUCAAGGGAGGUCAAACUGUUUCUUACCCAUAUAAAUCAGUAGCCUUGCCAGAGCAUCAAGAGGAAACAAGGGAAAGUUGUUUAUGGAGAACAGCAGUGGUGUUAACAAGGAUUUUAAAAAUACUUUUAAAUCCACCAUAGUCAUUUUAUUGCGAGUGGCAGAAAUCUCACUUGACGUACAAGUGUGGGCUCCUUAGUUGCAAACUGCCUCAAUCCAUUUAUCGUAUGGAACACUUGCCAUUCCAUUCAUCCUGAGCGCAUGGUCCCACUGCAAUCCUAACUGUACACCCAAACGCAGCAGUUUUCUUAUAUGGCACACACUACUACUUUUUCAUGUGUUGAGAUGUCUCGGUUUACUUUUACUCACACAA